AUGUUUAUGGAGGGUGCCUCUUGGCCAUUUGAAGUUGAUGUGAACGGACAGGCUCAGACAUGGCAGUGGAGGAAGAGACAGGCUGACAGUUCUUCCACCAUUAAGAUGUUCAUUGGGUCAUUGUCUCAAAGCAAACUCGGAAGUUGGGAAUUAGUCCCAGGGUCAGGACAAGAUACACCUGCGGCCAGUCUUGAAACAGCCGGGGGGAAUACUUUUGAGAAGGAUUCAGCACUUGGAGAGUUCAUUUUCUAUGGUCCUGCUUCCGUUGGCCAAAUGGGUGACAACUUUAUAAAUACUCGAGUUCUCGGCAGUGUGACCGCUUUCGAAACUAGUGCUUGCACCAGCCUCAAAGAUUUCGAAGAAUCCUCCGCUGAUCUCGAAGGAUGCGCCAACAGACACAGUAUUCGCUUCGCCGGUGGUGACGGUGUAAGAGCUGCCGCUAGGAAGGCUGGGACCGACCUUCUGACGAAAGCCGGGACGUUCGAUGGCAUGGCUCAAGACCUCAAGAUUCAACCCAGGUUCCGUUUUUGA